AUGGUCGGGAAUUGCAUGUCCGUGCGGCUGCUGGGGCGCUCCCGCCGGGGGGCGGCGGGUGCCGGGCCCCCGCAGAUCACCCCGAAGCUGGUGUGGCUGCCGGUGAACCCGUUGAUACCGCCGCCGUGGCAGCUCGAGCCGGACUUCUCGGCCUGGCACAGGAGGUGGGUCGACGCUCAGCGGGAGGACCAGGAGGCGGCGCGAGCGAGGUGGAGGGAUGCGCAGUGGUGGUUCGCGCAGUGCUCCCUCGCGUCUGCGGCAGCCGUGAUGGAGGAGCAAGGCUCCGAAGGCUACGUGCUCCUGCACCUGGAGCACAGCUUCGCGGUCUUCGUCCUCAGGUCGCUGUGGCCGGCGGUCGCGCCCAUGGUGCAGGAGACGGUGCAGCACGGCAUGGGUGGCCCCGGCGGGCGCCCGCUCGCCGCCGGGGCCGGCGCCGCGCCGCUCUACGACCACUGGCUGCGGGGCUGGUUCUGCUCGCCGGUGGCCCCGACGCUGUUCGGCCUGCGGCACAGCUCCGCAGUGGACCUGUCCGUGCUCCACGACAGGCGGGCGCCGCCGGAGCGGCAGCAGCGGGCCGUGUGCGCGUUCGCGCGCGAGCAGGGCCUGCCGGCGGGGCAGGACCGACCUGCCGGCGGCGUGCGAGGGCGGAGGCGCGGGCGCGCCCGAGCGGGAGGCCGGGGCAGCAGGAGCGCGGGGGGGGGGGGCCCGUCCUGGCGCUCCUGGGAGCUGCAGGACCCGCCCGAGGAUCGCGCGGCAAGAGCUUCGUCCUCGAGGCCGGGAGGCGUGGCAGGUGCCUGCCGUCGCUGGGCUGGAUGUGCGAAUGUUUCCCUCCAUAUCGUGGCCGCUUUUGUGAGGACUCCGAGCCUGGUUCUAAGGAUGCCUCGCGCAAGUACCGAGCGGUGUUGCAUUAUCUUGUUGGAGAUCGUGAGAAGCUUCUUUCCGACUUCACGCGGACGUUGCCUCUGUUGUGGGAGAGAUCAUUACGAGGCACGGUGGCGGAUUUCACGAUGGGCUUUCUUCAAUAAGCAGGCAGCGUAUUUUGGAGGCUUCAAGCAAUCGCGUUUGGUUUGCGUAUGUUGA